GUUCCAGUGAGAGGAAGGAGCUCCAGAUCCAGGCGUGCUCGGGCUUCUCUGACAUCACGGACUCGGAGGAUGAAGCGCGCGGGAGUCAGAGACACAUGAGCGCGCAGCAGCGGGAUCUGACCGUGGGGAUGGACCGGCGGCGGAGAGCCUCGCUCGCGCUCAGCCUGAACCUCCUCGCGCUGAUCCUCGCCAUCUCCGCGCUGACCACCAGCUACUGGUGCGAGGGCCACCGGAAAGUUGUCAAGCCCUUCUGCACCGGACCGGUGACCGCCAAACAGACGCACUGCAUCCGAUACAACAGCUCGAACACGAACGACAGUCGGCUGGUGCAGUACAUCUGGGAGACCGGAGAGGAUAAGUUUGUCCUGAGGAAGUUCCACACCGGCAUCUGGUUCUCCUGCGAACAGAACGUCGACCUUGUCGGUGAGAAAUGCAGAAGCUUCAUAAACGUGGCUCCUCCUCAUGAGAGAGGUGUUUUGUGGCUCUGCAUCGUGGCCGAGUGUCUCUACAUCUUACUGCUGGCCACCGGAGGAAUCCUCAUGUCCAUCGAGGUUUGCCAUAUUGGAAACCUCAUCGAUGGACUGAAACUGAAUGCAUUUGCUGCCAUAUUCACAGUUCUGUCAGGUCUUCUGGGGAUGGUAGCACACAUGAUGUUCACGACAGCGUUCCAGCUGACCGUCAGUCUGGGCCCGGAGGACUGGAAACCACAGAACUGGGACUACAGCUGGUCUUACAUCUUGGCCUGGAGCUCGUUCACCGCCUGCAUGGCCUCCUCGGUCACCACCAUCAACAGAUACACAAAGACUAUUCUGGAGUUCAAACACAAGCAGAGGAACAUUGAAAAGAACCUGAAGAUCAAGCAGAAGCUGCUGGAGCUGGACUCUCCAGAGCAGGUGUGGGACAUGUACAUCAGCUCCGUCCCCAGCUCGGCCGAGGAGUUCCUGGACCUGUCCACUUCUGGACGCAAGCUCUCCACCAACUCAGUGUUCCUGGACCUCAAUGACCUGCCGUCUGCACAAGGAGAGGAGUACUGCUGAAGCCACGCUCUUCUGCGUCUGGAUCAGAGCUGUGAAGAACGACUGGUCUGAUGUUGUGCUGCUGUCUGAAGAUGAUGCUGUGAGUUUUAGUUGGUUAUUAAUGUGCUGCUGACGUUGUAUGUGUAACACCUACUGUGGGACCAGAACUGGGAUGAAUGAACGAUAUUCCUCGAUCUUAGAGAAUUAAAUGUGACACAAGUUUUUUUUUUUUUUUUUUUUUUACUGCAUUAGAAAUAUUCUGAGAGCUGCCACUGAUUCAGUAGAAACAGUAGAUCUAAGCUUUAGAAGUCAUUCCCAGAUCGAUCCUGAGGGUCUCUUAAUGAGAUGGAUUACUUGGAUUAGCUCUAGUUUGUUAGCGUCUCAUCUCAGAAAUAUAAGAGAAUUAUUUAGCUUUUGAGUUUGCAUAAUUCUAAAUCAGGUGUUUGGGAUUAAAGAAGUGUCUUCAUGCUGUGUGUUGUGUUUGGGAUGAAAGAGCGUGAUCCAUGAGGUCAAGAUAAUUGAGUUCUGGGUUCUGUAUAUUUGACCCUUAUUUAAAUCAAAAGAAUAAACAACUUAUUGAUUUAUCAAUUAAUUUAUGAACUGUCUGAGUCUGUGUUCUGUCAAAAUUAACUGCUAAUAUUGUAUGUGAAACUUUUUCAGUGAUCUACAAGCACUGACCAUCUCCUUCUAGACUAAUGAUGCUUAAUAAUGCAUGUGUCAGAUCGGUCAUGUUUAGUUUGAUAUCGUGUGUUCUCAUAAAUGAGCAAAUUGCUGCAUUUAUUUAUUUCAUAUUUUCUUUGACUUUAUGUUGAUGAAAUGUAUAUUAAAUAAAUACAAAAGUAUUUUACAAAAAACAUACAGGCAUAGAGUAAUAAUUAUCAAACGAUGCAUUGUAAUAAUUAAGAACCUUAUAACCUGAAAUGAGUUUUUCUGGUUGAUUGUCUGCUUGUUUCGGCCAGAUGGUGGCGCUAAAGACACAUGAACCAAUAUGAUCUCUAAUGCACUGCUAGACUGUUUUCCUUUUUAAAUCCACUCAUAUAAUAUAUUACAUAUGUUAUUGAAAUAUGACAUAGUUAAUAUUCAAUGACCUUUAGCCAUGAAUAAACGAUC